UUGUGUUCGGUUGACCAAAGCCAAAGGAGGUUUUCAGAGGAAAAUGCUGCUUUAUUUGUUGACUUUUUUGCUGGCUUCUCAUCUAAUAAGUGCAGAAGUUCAGACUGGGGUUCAGAAUGCGGUGGAACCUCCGAAAUGCUAUAGCUGCGAGGGCAUUAAUUGCCUGAGAACAACCCGUCAGAAUGUCACCAUAAGCUGCUCUGAUAAGCUGGAUGUCUGUGUGACAAUUUAUAAUGAUUUUGCCGUCAGCGAAAGGGGUUGCUUCUCUCAGAUCUCCCUGGCUGGCCAGGCCAAGUGUGCGGCCAGGGACAGUCAGUGCCAGAAAUGUAGCGGCCAAUUGUGCAAUAAUCAAGGACGCAGGGACUUUAAAUGCCUUCAAUGCAGUGGCUCGGAAACCUCUGACUGUAACAAGGGUUCUUCUGCCUCCCUAACUCCUGCCCAGUGCGGACUCCCCACCUCGGCCAACUCCUAUUGCUAUGUCAAGGUCGUCGGCUCAUCUCUGCAACGCGGCUGUGCUUUGUCUGUAAAGGAGCAAAAGUCCUGCCUGGAUGAUGACAAAUGUUCACUUUGCCUGCCGGAGGACUCUAGUGAUUCCAAUGCCUGCAACUAUUUCGAUUUGGAUACCGAUUCCAAGAAUGGCCAAGGACAAUUCGUCAGCAGUUUGGGAUUGGCCUCUAUGGCUUUGAUAUUGCUUAAAUUGCUUAAAUAGUUAUUUUUUAAUAAUAACAAAUAAAUAAAUUACUGAUUAUUUUGGUUAAAACAUUA